AUGCCGUUCUUGAUGGAGGUGGACGAAAAUCGCUUCUUGAAGCUUGGUCACUUGUACUUCAAGGUCGGAUCUCCGAAGUACCUCCUUUGCAUGGGUAUCGAGAUGACCCGCUGGCUAUUCUUGACUGCACGAUUCGUCGUGAGGGCUUUAUACGACUACUUGACAGGAAAAGGCCUUUCUGAGAGUCGUAUGAUAUGUAUUCCCGCGCCAUUUGUUGCUCAGCUUCGCGCGCGCGCUAUGUCUGAGCUUGCUUCCGAAGCCAAAGAACCCUUUUGGUUGAGCGCCGGAGACGUCCUUUGUGGUUGGUGGGCACGCAUAAUCGUUGCAGCAGGGCCGCCAGCGUCACCGCAACAAGAAAUUGUUAUUAAUAAUGUGCUCGGUCUUCGCAUGCUUUACGACUUAAUUCCGCCAGAAAAAGCGUAUAUCUCAAAUGCAUUGAUGAUGAUGCCGUCAUUCUUUACUGCAAAAGACCUUUUAGGCCAGCCUCUUGGAUGCAGUGCCUUUAUUCUACGUCAAGCAGUCACAAAUCUGAAGACGCGAGAGCAGAUCGAAGCACGGUUCCAGCUUGACCGUGGGCCUCAGCAGCGGGGAUUGUCUGCCCUGUAUGGGAGUGCUGGAAUGAGGAUGAUCAUUUGCACAAAUUGGAGCAAGAACAAGAUUCAUGAGGUCGACUUCUCAGCUGCAGUUUUGAAAUCAGGAGACAGGAAGCGACCAUCCAAAGUCGGUAGGCCCUCUUAUACGCAGCUCCACGCAUUCGCUCAAUCGGCCUCGUUCCUGAAUACCUUCUCGAUCAACGAGGACUCAGAUGGGAACUACUGGAUAUACUCACUGCUACCCACGAGAGGGAAAUACUGGGAGAAUGUUGAGGAUUUGUUGCAGGAGGAAUUUCAGGGUGCAACCGCCGAUCAAGUCAAGAAGUAG